AGCAAAGCACUGAGCAACUGCGGGGAACUUCCAAUUGCUCCGCGUAAGGUUUAGGAACUGAUCAAGGCUUACCAAGGUUUGAAGAUAACUUUAAAAAGGUGCUAAAUUUGGUGCAUUGAACACUACAUGUGAUGUGUAGAGUUGGAUAAAAGGCAUUGUCUUCUACAAGAACAUUCUACGGUUACAACUUUAACAAAAGGCAAGUAAUAGAGAAAGGGCGAGAAGCUUCGAAGAAUUUUCAUCCUCAUCCACUGCAUCCAAGCACUCGCUAUGUCGUCUAGUCUUGGAGACAGAAAAAAUGGAGUAAUUGUUGCGGAGGCCAGCAGUCUGAUCAUUCUGAAUGUGGUGUCGUUAGUCGGUAAUUUUCUCAUAUGUUGGACUGUGUUUCGCAGUAAGAGUCUCCGAACCACUACCAAUCUUUACAUCGUUGCUUUAGCUGUUGGUGAUCUCAGCUCAGCCAUAUUUGUGAUGCCAAUCUCAUCCGCGGUCUUGAUUACAGGAGAUUGGCGGUUCGGUGAUUUUUAUUGUAACAUUCAGGGUUUUUUUGUCGUACUGAACAUAUAUGUCUCACCUAGUCUGAUGACUUUGACGGCUUUCAACCGAUACGUGAGAAUUGUGAGGACAAAAAUGUAUCCCAGACUUUUUUCCUUGAGAAAAAGCAAAAUUUGGAUCAUCGCCGUGUGGUGUGUUGUGAUCGCGUACAUCUUGAUACAGGUUUUCGGGGGAAACCAGGCCAUCCGAUUUGUUCCUGGAUACGCAGUUUGCUCCACGACUCAUCUCAAAGAAACGCAGAAAAUCGUUCAUUACAGCAUCGUUAUCCCAGUUUUUGUUGUGGCUCCCAUUGUUAUUACAUCAUUCUGCUAUUACAAGAUUUUCCAAACCAUCAAACUUCAUAACAAGAAUGUAAUGCCGUCGUUAGAAGGCAGCAGUGACAAUUUCUCUCGAGCGAAAAUCUCUAGGCGUGAGUUGAAGAUCAGCAUGUCCCUAUUUGUCGUAGUAAUUGUGUUUGCAUUUUGUUGGAUCCCGUUAUGGGUUCUGGCUCUUCUGUUUCGCUUCAAACUCGUUAAGAGUCUACCAAGAAACGUGGCUUUGUUCGUCAGUUUCUUAGUGUUUUUCUCUUCCACCAUAAAUCCAUUCAUUUACGCUGGUAUGAACAGGUAUUUCCGGCGUGAGAUCCGUCAUGUCUGUGUGCCAGCGAGUAAACAUGAACCAGUCUCAGAGCGAACAAGACCAAGUGGAAAAACAGAUGAGGAGUUAGAUGAACCAAACCAAGCGUGUAUAAAUGGAGUGGAGCUGCAAGUUAAAGCCGCUUCUAAUGAAAACACUGAUUAGCCAGUGAAUACUUAUAAUCAAUGGGGAAAGAAGAAUCCAUCUUAUUUAAUACUAUAUGUACAAAAACGAAUUUAUUCAAUUGUCAUCAUGUUGAUUAAUCGACCGGCCAUGCAAAAUGAAUCCUACACUAUGUCAUUAAAACCUUAAUAUCAGAAUAACACAAGAGAUAUGGCUUUAAAGAAUGGCUUUUAUGAUUGAAUUAAAUAAUAGACCGAUAUUUGUCGCAAACAAUUACAAAAAGGCCGCUAUGUAAUAGAUGGUAAUCAAAAGUUAAUGAGGGAUAAUUUUCCACGCAUCAGGACUCGAUAUCCUCUGUUGCAUCUUUCUGGUGAUCUGAAUUCAAACUACUAUAUAUUUACUCCUGCUUUUGCAAAUCAAACUAGCAACUCAAAAAAGGCAAAAAUCCUUUCAUGAACUUGUUAAUAAUAUUGGCGGACAUUUACAAUUUAGUAAGAUAAGCAAGCUUGAUGAAUGUAUUUCUAAACUGCUCAGAUUGAAUAUAAGGAUCAAUCCAAAUGCGAGUAGAAUUCAUCACAUCAUGGGGUUAUGAAUAUUUAAUAGCAGUCCUAACUUGAUUCUUAACUGACGAGGGAUAUCAACCUUAAUGAAUAUUUUAAGUUGUACACUGAAAUUAUAACCAGGGGUAAAGAACUAUUCACCCUAAUGGUUUUUUAUGAAGCAUGAUGCGUAAUUGAAUCCUAACGAUCUGUUGCCAGGGUAAUCUUAGUAAUUAAGAACAUACUAAAUACUGGUCACCAGGUAUCAUUUGUACAUUUUUAGGUUUAGUCAUUAUUUAUAAAUAUGAUUGGUUUCAGUAUUUUCAGUGUAGAUUUUAGAAGGCUGCCGCAAUGUUAUGUUGAUGCAAUUAA